CCUCGCUGAAGCUUCUAGAACCAGAGCACUAACGAAGGCGUGGCCCAGGCACAGCCCGCCCCCUCCUCUCCCGGCGGAUGUUGUGGGCGUUACCGGAAGUCGCGGGGCGGGGAGGGGUCUGUGCGGCGGCGCGGUGUGGUCGAUAUGGCGACCGAGGGGGAUGUGGAGCUGGAGUUGGAGACCGAGACCAGCGGCCCGGAGCGGCCCCCGGAGAAGCCGCGGAAGCAUGACAGUGGUGCGGCGGACCUGGAGAGAGUGACCGACUAUGCGGAGGAGAAGGAGAUCCAGAGUUCCAACCUGGAGACGGCCAUGUCCGUGAUUGGAGACAGACGUUCCCGGGAGCAGAAAGCCAAACAAGAGCGGGAGAAGGAACUGGCAAAAGUCACCAUCAAGAAGGAAGAUCUGGAGCUGAUAAUGACAGAGAUGGAGAUCUCAAGAGCAGCCGCAGAGCGGAGCUUGAGGGAACACAUGGGCAACGUGGUAGAGGCUCUUAUUGCCCUGACCAACUGAUUUGUGCUUUCUCAGACCUAUCCACUGGAUUAACUUAUUGCAAUAAAGAUGCCUCCUUUUUUGUGCAGUUUUAUCAUUUUGGAUCGAAUGCAAUGUAUAUUGUAUUUUACUGUGGGAAAUCUACAUGCUGGAGUAUAACUGAAUUUAAGUGAUUUCCGGCCCCCCCCCCCACCCCCCAGCCCUUAAUGAAUCUACGUGAAGGAUCAUUGUAGAAGAGUCUCAUGUUCACAUGUAAAUGCCAGAUGGCAGGACAGCUCAUUCAUCAGACUAGCUCUUAUUUUUUAUUUUUUAUUGAUUUUAGAGAGAGAAGGGAGGGGGAGAGCAUCGAUUGAUUGCUUCCUGUACGAACCCAUAACCAGGAUAUGUGCCCUGAAUGGGAACUGAACCCAAGACCUUUGGGAGGACACUUCAACCAACUGCAGCUAUAAACACAUUCCCAAAAGAAUUUCAAGCUCAUUCUCAUUUUGGCUGUAGGAUAAUUCUAAGAUUGUAUUCCCCUCUGGCACACAGUGGGGAAUACAGUGACUUACAUUCAUCUUUUUUUUUUAAAAAAAAAUACAUUUUUAUUGAUUUCAGAGAGGAAGGGAGAGGGAGACAUAAAAACAUCAAUGGGAGAAAAUCACUGAUAAGCUGCUUCCUCCUACUGGGGGGUCUAGCCUGCAACCCCGGGCAUGUGCCCCGACUAGGAAUUGAACUAGGGACCUUCUGUGAUGGGAAUGACACCCAACCAACUGAACCACUCUGGCCAGGGCUGCAUUUGUAUUUUUUUUCUAGGACUUUUUAAGGAUUUAUGAGGGAUUUCCCAGAGGGACAUUUAAAGGAUGUGAACAAAACCUUGGCUGCCUUAUUUAUUCAUGCAAUUGAGAAGUAGCCUUCCUGCUGGUUAAAUGUCAUUUCUGAUAAUUCCUAGAACUCCUCAUGCUCUGCCAUGUAUGUGGGAGUUAUGUAGGAAGAGUUAAGUGGAAAAAUCAUGAAUUUAACUCUAGCACAAUGUCACUACACUGAAACUCAGCACUGUGGCCUCCUUGAUAUAUGAGUUGGGCAAAGAAAAGAUACUGGUAGGGACUUGGGAGUCCCCAUUUUAUAGGUCAACUUUUGUUAUAUAUACAGAUACAAUUAAGAAGGCAAGGACAACCAUCUAUGUAUAUUACUUGCUCAGAAUAAACUGGGUGCCACUAA